CGAAGACCACGACCAACUCUGCGAAGACGACGGGAGGUAGCCGGCCGCUCUUCUAGUGCGAUCAGUGAGAAUGGCUGGAAGUUUUAUUAGGUACAUAGUGGGACCCCGGCUUUACAGGCUGCAUAGAACCGCAGACAGAGACGGUCGGAGCUAUGAUCCCAAUGGCCUGGAGGGCUACAGUGAUACCAUCAUCCGCUCAGUAAGUUUUGCACUGUCUCUGGCAUGGUCGAUAGGUGUCUACACAUCUCCCAUCAUUGCAGCAGUGGCCUAUCGCAAAGGGUAUGCCACAUUUGAAGGAUUCUGCGCUUCGAUUAGACUCGCGGGCGUCAUCGUCUUCGUCAUGAUGGGCACGCUCUGCCUUAGAGGUAUUGGGCGCAUUGCCAGUCCAGACUACAGCAGCUUCCUGCGGGCACUCCAGUCUGCACAAACAAACCUCACAAAGGAGACUAAGAUGGAGCUCUCCAAAUUCGACAGCGAGUUCUAUGCCUGGCCUAUUGAUUUCCGUUGGAGUGACCCGGACGUGGACAACAGCAAGCCACGCAUGGAAGUAGACAGCCAUUCCUCUAGCAGGAGGGGCUUUUUUGCCAGUAUGAGAGCAGCACCCUGCGAAAUGUUCAGUUACAUUGCAGCCCACACAUUUGGCCGUAGAAUGAUGUACCCGGGUGCAGUCCAGCUGCUUCAGGCGGCUGUCGCACCCAUGCUACUCCAGGGCAGAGCUAGGCUCAUUGAAGAAUACAACGCCAUGAGACACAAGCUGUUCACGAGAGACGGCAACGAGAUUGAUUCCGUGUUUGUGGACAGGCGGAACGUGUCUUCUGCUCCCCAUGGGAAUACAUUGGUGAUCUGCUGCGAGGGCAAUGCGGGCUUCUACGAGUAUGGCAUUGCCACCACGCCACUCGAAGCUGGGUUCUCCGUUUUGGGGUGGAACCACCCUGGCUUUGCUGGGAGCACUGGCGUGCCGCUGCCGCCACAGGAGAAGAAUGCCAUGGAUGUGGUGAUGCAGUUCGCCAUCCACCGGCUUGGCUUUGCCCCGGAGAACAUUGUCGUGUUUGCCUGGUCCAUUGGCGCCUACUGUGCCACCUGGGGUGCCAUGAACUACCCAGACAUCAAGGGCCUGAUCUUGGAUGCCACAUUUGAUGAUGUUCUGCCUCUAGCAGCCUCUAAGAUGCCACAGAGCUGGGAGCCCAUUGUGAGGGGCACCAUUCGAGGGUACCUGAACCUCAACAACCUUGAGCAGCUGAACAGGUACAAGGGCCCAGUACUGAUGUAUCGGCGAACAAGGGACGAGAUCAUCUCGACUCAGGAUUCUGCUCAGAUCCAGAGUAAUCGAGGGAACAACCUGUUGAUAGGUUUACUCCAGCACCGUUUUCCCAAACUUGUGAAUGAGGACACGCUGUGGGCACUCAGGCAUUGGCUCUCUGGAGAUAGAAGUCACCAGAUGGUUCUUUGGAACGAAGAAGGCGUGGACGAAGAGGCCUGCACAGAGAGGCUGGCAGCCUAUGCUAGGGAGCACGGAGCCUCUUAUCCAAUGAUGAUUGGUGAAGGUCUGGAUGCAACUGUAAAGAUCCAGCUUGUUCUGUUCUUGGCCAAGAAGCACAUGGUGGACUUCAACUCGACGCACUGCACCCCGCUGCCCCCGAGCCUGUUCCACUUGCCCUGGGACCUGGCCCAAGUGGCGGACUCCGGUGGCCGAGGGAAUGGAUCUUCUGCUCCAAAACCAAGGAUGUAGAAGUAUAAGCACCCUGACUCUGCUCUUUCGUUUUGUUAUUAUUAAUGUGCUGCUGGAGUUCCAUUACCUUUUGUUUGUGUCACUGACAUACUUCAAGGAAGUGCUUUCCCUUGCUGCAGUGCAUUUGGCUUUUUAUUUCUUUGUUGGUUUCUAAUGGAACGUCUUGGGACUUGCUGGAUGUUUUUGGUUUCAGCUCAUUGGCCUCACGAAAUUGUCCUGGCCUGAUUCUUUGGUAUAGGGUACAGUCAGAAGAAUUUUAGUAGUGGUAUGUGGAAAUCAAACCUCUAAUGUACAGAUUUCUUCAAACUUGAGAUGGCCAUUGGGGCUAUAUUCUAUGUUGCAUCCUUUAUGGUGCUCUUGAUCCAAUGCCUAAAAGGAGAUUAAAUCACCAUCGGCAUUGAGUAUAAGGGCUCCAGCUUUCGAGCAGGCCGGUACUAAACAAAAGUUUCAAGAUCUCGGGGGAAAAAAAAAAAAAAAAAGAUUAUUGUGGUUGCGAUACUAUAUGGUAAGAAUUUCGUUCAUCGCUACUUUUGAAGGGCCUUGGACAUUGCUUCUCAUGUAUGUAGUGUUUACACUUUGAUCUAAUGCAUACUGAAUGCAGGUCUACGGUUGAAACGUUCUGUGAACUUCGUCUUUCAUUAAAGCACCUCAGUCUUGUCCCUGAUAUUUCUGGUCUAAGCCUGAUAUUUCUGAUCUAAGCCAUUGGUAGCAUAUACAGAGUGCAAAUGAAUUGGGGAUCAAUUUACGUUUUCUUUAUAUUAUUAUUUGGACAUUAAAAGCAACAUGUACUGUAGGAGUUUCUGUGGUCUCAGAUAAUGAAUUAUAUAUGCUUGUGAAUUUGACUGCUAUGGUCUGUUCCAAACUUUGAGGUCUUUUCGGCCAUGCCCUGUAUUCUCUGUGAUAUUCUUGAUGAACAAUCAUAGGAAGUCUUUGUUUAUUUGUUAGAUUAACUUUGGAGUCUCCAGAACAAUGCCAGUACAGUAUUUAUUGUGAUCUUGCAAUGUCUGUAGGCACACAUCCUCUAAUUGGAGUUGACAUUAGAAUUGAUAUAGAAGAAACUUUUUGUGAAAAUUUGUUUGUUUCAUCGUGACAUUCCUGCUUGUAUGAAGUUGAUUGCCUUCUACACUUGGAGGAGAGUGGGUAUUUAUAUUGUAGGCACAAGGCAUAUUACUCGUGCUGUUCUUGCUUCCCGAUUCACUGUGUGUUCUCUGCAGAGGUUAAAUUAAUCAUUUUCUGAACAAGAUGUAACCAAGCCCCUUUCACUGAGGCAUUGGAGCCAUAUGUAUGGCUUUACGAGACUUGGGCCUGGGAACCUGGUUUGUGUAAAGUAACGAGCAAUGGUAAUUGUAUGUACUGUGCUAAUGCAUAUUAUAUGUUCACACUUUUGGGCCAUAAUAAACUAGCGAUCUACAUCCUGAA